ACCGGAAGUAACGUAUUGCAGUUUACAACGAUGCUCGCUGUUUAGAGAGAAAUGUUCAACAAGAAGCCCAGGAGGAACUUUCGGCAGAGAAAGCAAAGCUCUAGUGAGGAGGAGGAGCAGCAGAAGAACGGCAGUGAAGGAGAUGAAGCCAAAGAGACUCCACCGGUGAUAAACAAGCCUCUCAAAGCGGCGCAGAGCCGUGGCAUCUCCUGCAGCUCCAAGCGGGAAGCGACGCCUCCGAAGGCGGACAGCAGUGAUGGAGAAUCUGGGGUCGAAACACUGGAAGUGACGGUGGACAGAACAGAUGGAGAAAAUGAAGGAAAUAAGACGAAAAGCUCCAUCCUUAGUUUCACAGACGAUAAAGAAGCAGAGGAAUCUACUUUUAAACUGAAGCGGUCCUCUGAUAAAGCUGUGGUCUUUCAAGUCAGAAAGAAGGAGACUCUGCCCACGAAGAAAAACCUCAGCAAAGCAUCUGGUGGCAGAGACGGCCCACCGUCUGUUUCUCCUAGACAUGAUGACAGCAGCGAGGCUUCAUCGUGUGCUCAGCGUGAUGACGAUGAUGAUGAUGAUGAUGAUGAUGACGACAUCAACAGUAAUGCUGAUGACAAUGACAGUAAUGGAGAUGAUGCCAGAUCUACCUCCAGUAACUCCAACUCUGACUCCAGUGUUUCUGUUACUAAACCCAUCAUCAUACCGAAAGCAGAGGAGAUUAACGCAGCCAGGAGGAAGCGCCAUGCCGCUCGAUCCCAGAAGGAGUUCAUACCAUUGGGUAGAGAUGGUCGGAGCUCUGCUGGCAGCACCCCAGAUCACUACAGCAGAGGAGAUGAAGAGGACAGGCUUGAAGAUGAUGACGAUGAUGAGCCUGAUGACCAUGAGAGAAGAAUCGAGUUUGCUCCCCGAAUGAGGAGCAUUAGGGAGAGGAUUGCAGAGAAAAUAGGAGAAAGCAACAGCAGUCUGUCAGGUACCGAUGAGGAGGAGCAGGAGCUUUGGGAGGAGACACAAAUCGGAAAGGGAGUCAAGAGACGACCAGGGGAACAGAGUCCAUCUGGCAGCGAAUCCAGCAGCUACAGCAGCAGCAGGCGAGAAAGAGCAAGACAUAAAAAGAUCCCAAAGACCCUUCCUCCUAUUUCAGUGUCCAUGGUGAAGAAAAGGAUCACUGGAAAACUGGACUCCCUGAAGGAGGUGUACAGAGCGCGGCAGGCGGAGCUGAGAAGGAUGGAGGGUGACGCUGAGAAUGCUAGAAGCUCAUUGGAGCUGCUGGAGGAAAGUUCCUCGGAGGGUCAGCUCAGGUUUUACAGGACAAUGAUCCUCUACAUCCACAAUCUGGUCGAAUGUCUGCAGGAAAAGGUUGUUGAGAUCAACGCCUUGGAGCUGGAAAUGCACACUCUGCUGUCUGACCAGAUGGAGGCGCUGUUGUCCCAGAGGCGUGAGAGGAUGAAGAGCGAGGCUGACUGCCUGCAGAGGCUCAGCUAUAAUACAGAGGAGCAAACUGGUAGCUCAGCACAGCAAACUGACCCUCACUGUGAGACGGACUCUGCUGUUAAUCUGGAUGAAAACGCUGAUGUACCUGAAGAUUCAGAGCCUUCGGCAGAAGAGGAGCAGCAGCUGCAGAUUAGAAUAGCUGAUAUCCAGUCCAGGUCAAAGGCAGUUUUUGCUGACGUCCAAGAAGACUUCUACGAUGUUAAAAAGAUCCUGUCUCGAUUCGAGGACUGGAGGAGGUCGUACUCUGAGUCCUACCACAACGCUUACAUCUCUCUUUGUCUGCCCAAGCUGCUGAACCCCAUCAUCAGGCAUCAGCUGCUGAUGUGGAACCCGCUUAAAGACGUCGGUGCAGAAUUUGAAAACUUUCCAUGGUUCGAAGCGGUGGAGACAUUCUGCCAUGGCCACGGCCACGAGGAGCUGGAGGACACAGACAGGCAGACGCUCUCUAGUGUCAUAGAAAAAACUCUUCUACCCAAAAUGACCAGCUAUGUGGAGCUGGUGUGGGAUCCUUUAUCCCACCAACAAACUGUCUGCCUGUCUGCGGUCUGUCACAGGCUGAAGGAAGACUACUCCAUCUUUGAAGGGGAGCAGACUAAACCUGUUAAAGGAUUCCUAGAAGCUGUGGUUCGGAGGCUCAGGAGCUUUGUAGAUGAAGAUGUCUUCAUCCCUUUGUAUCCAAAAAAGCUUUCUGAGGACAGAUUGUCUCCUCAGCGCCGCUUCAGAGAUGAGCAGUUCUGGAUGGCUAUAAAGCUGCUGAUGAAUAUGGGAAAGUGGGAUGUGCUGCUUCCUGAGUCCACUUUGAAAGAAUUAAUGUUGGAGAAACUGUUGAAUCGAUACCUGAUGAUCACCCUGUCCAGUCAGACGCUGUCCUGUGAGGUUUCUGCACACAAAAAGAUUGCAGACUGUCUGCCUGCCUCUUGGUUUGAAGGGGAGAGUAUCUGUUUGCCUCAACUGCAGAAUUUCAGGAACAACGUUGUCCAGAAGGUUCACAGCCUCUGCAAACAGACGCCUUCCAAUGAUCCAAGCACCAGGUCUGCUGUGGUUGAAGAGCUGAAGAUUCUCAGUAGAAUAAGAUGCUACGACUCCAUCAUGACUCUAACAACGAAAUACCACUUUGAAGACCUCAUCUACUCUCAUCAGCUGCUGAACCAGGAAGCAGAAUGAACUUGUUGAACUGAUUAACAGUGAUGUGCAGGAAGUGGAGCGCUUACAGCUCUGCAACCAAUUCUCACAUUUGUUGGGAUUUUUUGCUCUCUUUUACAAAGCAGUAUAUUUUUUAUGAUUAAAUGUUGAAAAUUAGUUUUUAUAUUCAGUGUCUUAUAAAGUUUAACUGGUUGGCAUUUCAUCUCUUUGGGUCGUCUCUUACAGUCUAAAUAGUUUAACUUCAAAGAACUUUAUUUAGCUACAAAAAAAGCCAUUGAGUUUGCAGCUCUCUGGUCAACAUAGCAAUUAAGAAAAAUUAAGACAGAAUGCAAACAAUGUUAUUCAACUACAUUCCACAGAGGCUGUUAGUGCAACAGAAAUUGAAAACGGCAACAUCUUUGACUGCUGGCCAACUGUUGAAAAGCCUUCAUGCUCUCAUCCCCCUCUCAACAAUUGGCCUUAGCUUCUUUAUGUAGUUUAGUUAGGAAACCAAGUAGAGUUCAAAUGGGUCGUUAGACAAUUAAUUAGAAUUUAAAACAGUGCAGGCCGAGUCCUGGAAAGAAAAUGGACUUCUCCAAAACGUUUUUCAGUAGAGCAAUGAAGUGGCCUAAAAUUAGUGGUUUAAUUUUGCAAAUAUUAAAUUUAAAAGGUAAAAAGUGAUAUCUGCCAUACAUUUUACUUCCACUUAACUCUCUUUUCAUAGUAGUAUACAGCUUCUUGAGCAAUCACUUUUGGUUUAUUUUCAACGACUUUCUAUUAGACCAGGGGUUCUUAAAAAGGGGAUUAGACCCUGGGGGUCACGAGAUGAUUCUCAGAAUUGUGAUUUGAUGCCAGAGUCGUACACAAAGCCAAAAAUAUAUGAUGUUAAAUUAAAACAUGAAAUAAAAAAAAUUUUCAAUGCCCUAUGAAAUACAUAUUUUAAAAUGCAUUUUUAAUACAUAUUAUAUAACAAAUUUAAUAUAACAAAUAUAACUUGUACAUCAAAUGAUUUUCCCCCCCUAAUUUUCAAUAUUUCUGCAUUUAAAAAAAAACUCCCUCUGCUUUGUGUACCAGUUAAAAUUCAUAUCUGAAUUUUAGAUUUUCUUUAGUGUUAUUAACUUACUCUUAAAUGAUUGAAUUUUAUUUUGUCCUUCUCAAAUGUAGUAACAUCAGACUGUAAAUGAAAGAACUUCACUACUGGCUCUUGUAGAUUCAACUGAAGCUGUAUUUGGGUAUCAUGGAUGUUUUUUGACACUGGUGUACGUCACAAAUGGCACCUUUUAUUUGUUUUCUGCAGAUCUGGCUUUAUUUGUGAAGCUGAUACAAACGUUCAAUAAAGUUUAAACUAAGCAAAAUAUACUUAAAGAUGUCCGACAGGUCUUAGGAAUUAUUCUGAGCUUUGCCUGUCUGAGAAACAGUUAAAGUUAUUAAACUAAACGCUGACGGUUUCAAUCAUCCAGUGCUGUUUGCACAAGUGUGCUGGACUUAUUUUACAGAAAAGAAAAGCAGAGUGCAGCUCCUAUCCUUCCUUAAUGGCUUUAAACCAGAACAGAUAAAAACAGUCUUUCUAAUGUUCCUAACAUUCAUCAGGUUAAUGUUUAAGCUGUACUUUAUUACCUACAUCUGCCUAAAUAUUCCUGACAAUCUGGUAAAAGCCUUUUUCAUUUAUGCAGCAGAGGAAUGAAUAAUGCACAAAAAAAAUAUUCGUUUUCUCUUUAUUAUCAUUUUCCAGAGGCAUGAAGUGUAUAAAAUGAUAUCAAGAGUUACUUAUUAGCUGUAAUCAUGUUAGCAGAGAACCAUGCAAAACCUAUCAACAUGCAACAACUCUUUUACUGUCCUGGACUGGGGAACACGGCAACAACUGUGCUCUUUUUCCAAUCAAAAUCUCAAAGAGCAGAGUUGAGCUUAAUGUGGAACUGUUAGGAACUGGAAGAAACAGGAUUAAUGUGAAAAAGUCACCCCAAAAAUCAGAAGUCUUAACUAAAAAGAUGUCUAUUACAAAGCGGAAACUUUGCUGAUCAUUGCUUUGCCAUUUAGUUUAAACUGGGAAAAGAAAAAAAAAACUGG